AUAUGAGCCGUCCCAUGCAAAAAGGGCCCUUAUGUAUAUUGACGUCAUAAUGAGAAAAACGCUGGUAAAGAUAACGUCAUUAUUUGCAAGUUGCGUCUGUUACUUAUGUUUGCAAUGCUGUCAAUAUAACGUGAUUGUGUUUAUAUAAAUCACCUGGAACGAUGCCGACAUGUACCUGGAAUUAACAAGAGGAAAACAUGGACUUUUUAGAGGUGAGUUUUAUAUAAACAGACAUAACCAAUAUUGUCUUGGUGACAAUUAGGCCUAUAAAAUAUUUCGAUGCACAAGAUUUGGGAUCCGCGCAUAUGUUGACGGGUACUGCAGGUGCACUUCAAUCUAAGAUCAUAUGUAUCCACAUAUAUAUACAUGCAAUUUUACGCAUUAAGCAGAUUAAACAAAUCAAAUGAUACAAUUUAGAGAUUUGUCAUUUAAGUGAAAAAUACUUAUUUUACCGAUAUUCAUUAAAACAUAAAUCAAUGACGUACGUUUGUUUACAUUCGCGAUUGUUGAGCUCCGUGCAUGUACAUGUGUUUAUAUAUGUCCCGCUUGUGAUAUCCUAGUUAUUUUUCAUAAAGUUUUUAAAAAGACAAAUAACUAAUUGUUCUUAUAUCAUAAUGGGGUUAUCAUCUGGCUUUCUAAACUUUAUUUAGUGCCUAAAAUGACUUGUUUUCAUCGCGGCUAUUUAUAGGUAAAUGGAUAAAAUUUAGAGUUACGUCCCGCUGUUUUCGUAUCUCAUAGGCGGAUUCACCGGUGGCUACUCAAAAAUUAAAUAAACAAUGAUCAUAUUAAAUUCAAAAAAAUAAUAAAGAAUUAAUCUUUUCAAAUUCAUCAACAAUUUUUAAAGUAAAGUUUUGUUUCAACAAAUAAAUAUAUAAAUAUUUGAAUACAUAAAUCCAGUUUAAUAAGAAUGACCAUAGUGGAUGACCCCUUAUUACUCUUACUGAGAGAGAGAGAGAGAGAGAGAGAGAGAGAUAUCUGGGACUUCAAAUUAGAAAGACUGAAUACAAUUUUUUCUAUCAAAUGCGGUUAUUAUUAAUCGAAAUAUGCAGAGUGCAGAGCAGUUUUCUGCAUGUAGAAUUGCGAUCAAAGUAGAUUGAUAAUAUAUAUGCCGUCGUACACGUUUAUUCAGAUAAAAUAUUUCUGUAGUUAGGUGCUUAUUUCAGUCUUACAUUUAAUUGAUCAACAUGCUAAUGAUAAAUAAAAAUACUAUUUACUGGAUUUCUAUUUAAUGAAUAGCUCAUAAACAAUCUAAUACUUAUAAUAAUAAAAAAGAUAUUACCAUUUUGUACUGAGAUCAACAACUUGUCAAAAUUUAAAUUCAGUACUACUGUAAAAUCUCUGUUUGUAAUAUGAAUGUAUUUGAUAUUUUAUUUUAAACAAAUACAUGAAGGUUUAAAUAUUUGCAUGGUAUGUGAACAUGUAGAAUUUCACAGGGAUAUUUUGUUACAGAUUAUUGACGAGUGGCAUAGGGAAUAUUUUCCUCCUUCACAAAGUGUUGAAUCAUCUGAUGAAAAUACAGACGAUAGUGAUAUUUCAACUGCAUCAGAAAAUGAAUCCAACGAAAAUAUUUUAGAACAAAGAAUUCAACUUGUGCAUCCUGAUAAUGAUCAGAAUAAAAACCUAAAUUCAGAGAAGGAGGACUGGGAGAAUAACAAUCUUGACUUAACAAUUCGUGAAAAGAUAAUCAAAGGCUGCCCCUGCAGAAUGGAUUGCAUAUCAAAUAUUAGUUUUGAAGAAAUCAGUCACCAUAUUUAUUCCAUGAGAGAACUUUCCAAGGAAGAGAAGGAUAUGUACAUUAUGGGAAAGCUAAAAAGUAAAAGUUCUGGUGGCGGAUCUUCAAGACGCGAUGCCAAACGACAGAGAUACGAAUACAAUUUUGAUGACCGGGAAGUAUGUAAAGAUGUGUUUUUAUUUUUACAUGACAUUGGUGAAAAACAUUUUAAAAAUCUUGUGAAGCAUAUGAAGACCCAUGGAAUAAAACCACGGACACAUGGAAACAUCGGGAAAAAACCACACAAUGCCCUGUCCUUUGAAGAAAUUAAAUUUGUCGUGCAGUUUAUCAAUCGAUAUUCUGAAGAUAAUGGACUUCCUAUGCCAGCUGCUCCAAAAGGUCGCGACUCCGAACCACCCAUUUUUCUACCUUGUUCAACACCAAAGAACGAAAUUCAUCAGUUAUAUGUUGAAGCUUGUCAUGAGGUCCAAAUUCGUGCUGUUAAAUUGUCCUCAUUCUAUUCCAUCUGGUCUGCCUGCCUUCCUAACAUUCAGAUUGCCAACACCAGAUCUGAUGUAUGCAAUACCUGUGAGCGCCACAGAGAGCACAUUUUGAAUGCAAGAUCUGAAAAUGAAAAGCUUACAGCAACAAGAAAUUUUACAGAUCACAUUGAAAAAGCAGAGAGGGAGCAUCACCUCUACAUUCAGUGCAUUAAAGAAGCCAGGGAAGAACAUCAGUCUAUUCAGCUUCCUGAGCCACCUGUUAGACCCUGUUCCACAGAUUUCCUCAAAACUCACUACACUUUUGACUUCGCGCAAUGUGUGUCUGUACCUCAUCAUUCCAGACAAGUAGGGCCAUUAUUCUUUGAGACACCACGGAAAAUUCAGAUCUUUGGAAUUUGUAUGGAGGGAGCGGGAUCUCAGCGAAAUUAUUUGAUUGAUGAAGACCAGACCAUUGGAAGAGAUGGAAAGAAUGCCCAUGGGCCAAAUACAGUCAUCAGCAUACUUCAUCACCAUUUUCAAAAUUAUAGCAUGGGAGAGAAAUGUGCUGUUCUUCACUGUGAUAACUGUCCAGGUCAAAACAAAAACCGGUAUGUGAUUGGAUAUUUGCUAUGGCGGGUCAUGAUUGGGCUACAUCGAGCAAUUGAACUUCACAUGCAGAUACCAGGGCAUACAAAAUGUCAAGUGGAUGCAGGCUUUGCUCAGAUCAAAAAGAAGUACAGGAGAUCAGAUUGUGACACUCUACAGCAUGUUGCUGACGUAGUCUCCAAGUCCUCCAAAAGUAACGAGGCUGUGAUAAUAGAGGGUGGAAAUGUGAAAUACUAUGAAUGGAAAGAGUAUAUAAAAACAACUUUUCAGCCUUUGAAAGGGAUACGCAAGUUUCAUUACUUCACUUUUUCAGCACUGCUGCCUGGAGUUGUAUUAUGCAGCGUUGAUGUAGAUGGCGACAAGGUCCCAGUAAUCCUCAGUAAUCACGACCAAAUCAGUGUAAAUCUACCACCAGAGAUAAUGCCGGGCGGACUCAGUAGAGAACGACAGAAAUAUUUAUACAAACAUAUCAGACCUCAUGUCCGGGAAUGUUUCAGGGACACAACAUGUCCAGAAUUUCAUGAAGAAUAAGUGAAAGUUUCAAUUGUUUCCGACAAUGAUUAACGUCAUUUCAACGUCAUUUUUUGUAACGUCAUUGAAAUAUUAUCUUAACCUUUGACAGCCUAUAUCUCAGUAAAUAUGCUGAAUAUUUGACCCAAACUUCACAUGUGUCUUUUUAAUGUUGUUUUCUAUCAUAUUCCAUUAAAAAGUUAAUUUUGAUAAUUUU